AUGCAAACACAAGUAUAUGAAGGGUUGUGUGAAAAUUAUUUUUCUCCCGCUGAACCACAAAGACAUACAAUCAAAGUGCUUCUUUUGGAUAUAUUGGUUUUCUUUUUUUUUUUUUUUUCCUUCUAUCUAAUUCUUGUGGAUAUUAUGGCUAAUAACACAACAAGUUUAGGGAGUCCGUGGCCAGAACAUUUUUGGGAGGAUCUUAUAAUGUCCUUCACAGUGUCCAUGGCAAUCGGGCUCGUCAUUGGAGGAUUUAUUUGGGCUCUCUUUGUUUGUCUGUCUCGAAGAAGAGCCAGUGCCCCCAUUUCACAAUGGAGUUCAAGCCGGCGAUCUAGAUCUUCUUACACCCAUGGCCUCAACAGAACUGGGUUUUACCGCCACAGUGGUUGUGAACGUCGAAGCAACCUCAGCCUGGCCAGUCUCACCUUCCAGCGACAAGCUUCCCUGGAACAAGCCAAUUCCUUUCCACGAAAAUCAAGUUUCAGGGCCUCUACUUUCCAUCCCUUUCUGCAAUGUCCACCACUUCCUGACAGUCAACUGGUGACAGACAGUCAACUGGUGACUCUGCCCUCUUCCAAUACCUCCCCCAUCAUCACCACAUCGCACAGUCUGAGCCGUCCUGAGCUCCACUGGUCUAGCAAUAGCCUUCGUGUUGGCCUUUCAACACCGCCCCCACCUGCCUAUGAAUCUAUCAUAAAGGCAUUCCCAGACUCCUGAGUAGGGAGCCUUUGGCUUUUGCUGUUUCUUUGCUUUCUUAGCUCAUAACAAAAGUCAGUCAUAAACAGGCUAAAAGGAAUUUUCAGAGCAUGGCCCACACUGCCAAGGAGUUUCCAGGGCUGAGGCACAUUGGACAUUACUGUGUAUUAAUACCAUAUUUUCUAUGAACUUAUUUUUCCUUGUGUCCCAUAAAUAUUAAAUAUUGUGUCCCAAAAAUAUUAAAUAUUUUUCAAAUAGUUAGAUAUAUAUGUAGUAUUCAAUGUGAGGCUUGUUAAAGAUAGUGAUUCUAAGCUAAGAAUCGCCCGUGAUACAGUAUAUAUUAGAUUAAAAUAUGAUUUUAGAUAUUUGUGGUUUGCAAUUCUCAUUCAUUUUCCAAUGUGACUAUAAAGGGAAAAAAAUUACGGUCACUUAAAAAAAAACUUCUAUCCCAAGGAAUUUUAAUUUUACUUGCUUUAGAAUGACAAUUUAACCCUAUUGACAUCUUAUAAUUUUGGAAUGUUAUGAUAGAGCAUAAGAAAUUCUAAAGUUCCUGAUUCUACUGAUUUUGUGAGAAAUAUGGGAAUUAAGCGAAGGAAGCUGAAGUCUGUUGGUGUCAUACGAUACUUUGAUUUUGAAACUUAAUUUUUGAACUUAUUUUUUCUCAAAUGGAUACUUUUUUGUGCUUGUCUUACAAAUAGUUAUCCACAAUACUGAGGCAAAAGCCUUGGAUUUACUGAUAUGAUGAUAUAACUUUCCUUCAUGGUUGUAGUUAUGCUUUGCUGUUACAAAAGCAACAACAAAUCCAAUUCAUUUGCCCUACAAACGAACUUUGAUCAUUUGCUCUACAAACAAACUUUAAUGCUGAACUUGUGUGUGUCUUAAGGGACUGAUUUUCUUUAUUUGACUUGGAGCUAGCAACUGGGAGAGCAGUUUAUCUGGGGAUCUUCACUUACAACGUCACAGAUGAAGAUGUCAGGGUCAUUUGGGGGAGAUGGAGUCUGCCGUCAAAAUAGAAAUGGCAACCAACAAGAAUUUUCCUUCCUGCAUUGACUCUUAAAUACCAGGCUCAUCCUUCCAUUGUUUCUCUGUGUAGUUCUAACCCCACAGCUGAAAAGCCUUUGUACAAUGAUUGCCAUGCAGCAUGGCCCCAGGACCUUGGGGCAAACAGUUAUUUAAGGGGUCCCCUUCCACAGCCACCCCUCUUACAGGGGAGCACAUCCCCAAAUGUGGGUGCAGAGUUUCAUUGGACAGUGGCCUGAGGCUGCUACUUUCCAUUUUAGGAAAUGAGUUCACAGGAGGAUCUCUAACAAAGACCAUGGUUGGUAUCUAAUACCAUGAACAUUUAGCUUAUGUUGCUCUUCAUUUGUUUCUCUGAAUGUUGGGAUUUUCAAUGAAGAAACAUGUACUCUCAUUUUAGUUUCCACAAAGUAGUGGUUACAACUAAUGUCUGGAUAUGGCUCAAAAAUGUGAUAAUUCUUAAAUAUAAGACCUUCUGUAUAGCCUUAUUGUUAUUAUUUUUAUUUAGUUUUAUAUUAUCCAUUGUUCUUUAAUGAUGAUUAUUUUCCAUCAUGCCUAAAGAUAGAUGCUCUCUAAUACAAUAUGCCAUAAAGCAAGCAAGGAAGAGAACGGGAAAAGGAAGGAAAAAAGGAAAGAGGAAAGGUUUGAAAAGCUCACAGGAUAGAUAACCAAGAUGUUGUAAGUUGGUUUUUAACAAGGAAAUUUGGCAAUUGUUAUAUAGCCCAGAAAGAUUUCCAGAGACUAUUAGACUUAGCAACAAGGCUGUUUUGUUGUUGUUGUUGUUGUUUUGUUUUGUUUUACUGGUAUGUCAUCCUUAAUGUUUAAUAUGAGAAGUAAGAAAAGUAUGAUUUUUAUCUAGAAUUUACAUUAGGAGUAAAGCUGCUUUCUAUCUGUCAAAUUAGGAAAAUGAGAAAAGAAAUUCUCUGUUGUAUUUAACCAUCUGUCAGAAUUGUUGCCUUUUCCUCCUUCCUGAGUUAUGAAGCAAUUAAGAUGAGUAGCUUAUAAAUAUUGUGUAAUGUAUGAAAUGUGAAAUUUAAAGCAAAAACUGGAGACCUUUUCUUUGGUUGCAGUUGUUUUAUAUGAAAUGAUUUGUUUAUUAUUAAAUAAAAUUGAA